AUGGUCAACGGCACGACGACGACGUUGGAGCCGACGUAUUAUGGCUACGUCGCAACGACGCAGGACGCGCUGAUCUUGUUCGAGGCUUGUUUGACCGGCGUUCUGCACCAUGUGCCCCGUCGGCCUCAUGAUCGAGAACGCGCCAGCCUGGUUCGCAGUGGUACCGUCUUCAUCUACGAGGAGAACUCGUCGGGCAUCAAGCGAUGGACGGACGGAGUGACCUGGAGUCCCAGUCGAAUCCUAGGCAAUUUCCUCGUCUACCGAGAGCUCGAAAAACCCUUUCCGCCUGGCGAGAAGAAGCGCGCGAUGAAGAAAGCUAAUCGACGCCCCGUACCCUCAACGAGACCAGGAGAGCCCUAUCCACGACAUGAGAGCAACGCGCAAGCCUACUCUCCCGCCCCGACGACGGGCUCGUUUGGGGAACGCACGCAGCAGAGUGACAUGGAACGCGCAUUGGUCGGCUCUCUGGUAGACUCAUACGGCUUCAAGGACUCCGGUUUGGUGAAAAAGACGAUGAGCGUGACCGUUUCGGGGGUGACUCAUCACUUGGUUUCAUAUUACAGCGUGGAGGAUGUGAUGCGAGGGAAUUUGAACCCGCCGUCGAUGUGCAAUGACUUACGCUAUAUUCGACCUCGUAUGGAGCUGACUCAAAAGCAAAGCUUUCGGGCUCCGAUCGACGAUCUGGAAACGGGAACGCUGGAGAAUCCGAACGAUCCGUCUCAUGCUGCUUUAUAUGGGUAUCGUCCUCAGCUGGUGGCGCCAGGAUACAGCAUCCCAAACCCUCACCCAGAAUUUUACAUGCACCCAGCAUCGUACACUGCCACCCAUCCACCACAGUCGGCACCUAUCACUGGAUAUUCAAUGGUAGGAUCGGUCCCCGGGGUACAGGCUCCCAAUUCGUACCUCCCCACGCCCACCCUCCCUACCCAGAUUCCGCAUAAGCCGGACGACUACCCGCACUUCCGGGCUCCGGCGCCAUAUGGCACUGGAUUCGAUGCCCUGGGCCAGAAUUCGCUAUCUUCAUCGAUUCCUUCAGCGCUCAACACGGCCAUGUCGAACUCUUUGAGUGACCGGAAUCGCUCGCAGUCGGAUCACAGCCCAUCGGCCUACCGAUCCUCUAUUUCUUCUCGGAGCGUUGCAACCGAUGCAACAUCGCCAAUCGAUCCUUCGACUCCUGCCACCUAUUCACGCGGCGGUAGUUUCAGUCUGGCAGGUCAAUUGGAUGCCUCGUCUCAUCCGUCCUUAGAUCAGCGCAGCAUGGCCGCGUUUGACCCCAGCAUCCCUCGUCGGGAGUCGAACCCAAUCCCCAAUCCUUAUUACGGCACGAGUGACCGGAGUCAGUAUUACAUGAGCACCACAGCUCCGGCGGCUCAUGCUCCUUAUCCGGUCCCUGCCUGGACUACGGCUGCUCCGGCUCAGCCACAAGUAUAA